CCUGACAGAAAUGGGUGUGUCUGCACAGAAGGGUGUGUGUGUGUAUGUAUAUAUGUUGGUUCACGCAUUCUUCUCUCAAGCAGAAUGGUACAAUAGUGCUGUGAAGACAAGAUCGAUAGUGUGAAACUUUAAAGGACAGACUAGACUCUGACCCUUAGCCACACCCAGAGAUGUGGACCGUGCCAUUUCCCUACAAGGUGGAGGAACAAACUGUACCAAGCGCCAUGUUCCUACUCAUCUGCCCCUACAACCGCGUGUUCGCCUACCCCGGCGAUGAUAUCACGGUGUCCUCUCACCUCUCGCCUGAAACCAGCGCCGUGUCCAUGGAGGUCCGGUGGUUUCGGGGGACGGAAUGCAUUUACCAGUAUAAAAACGGGCAGGUGAGCGUCGGGAAGGGCUACGAAGGCCGGGCGAGUCUGUUUAUCCCGGAGCUGAAGAGAGGAAACGUGUCUCUGAUCCUGAAAUCCAUCGCGCCCAUGGACACGGGAACUUACAGCUGCCAGGUGCUUACUGGCCAGCAUAAGGUGGAGAAGUCAAUACAUUUAUACAUGUCAGGAAUGGAGCCACUUUCACCUGAUAUAACAGGACCGAAGCUCACGGAAAAGGACAGGUUGGACAUGGACGAAUCUGUGCUCAUACUUGAGCUGAAGAAAUUAUUGCAGCAAAAGGAAAAAGAGCUUCAAGAUAAAACCAGAGAGUUAGAAAGCACUACUGAAACGCUAAGGAAGAAGGCGAGCCUCCUGCUAUACAUGGACACGGACCUGGAGAAUAUGAGUAAACUGGCGAAUCAGAAAGAGGAACAAUUCAAGAAUGUGGUGAGCGAACUGGAAACGUGCAAGAGGCAAGUGGAGACGCUGGGACAGAAGCUGCAGGAGAAGGACGCACAGGUCAAGGAGCUUCGAGUCAUUCUGCAGGACAAAGAGCAAGAAAGAACAAGUGAAGAACAGCAGAUUACAGAGGGACUGAAGAACACAGCACAAGGCACCGCACACACAGAGGACUCUGUCCGCUUACUUGAGUUGACGACGGUACUGCAGAACAAAGAAAAAGAGUUUGAAGAGAAAACAGAGCAGUUGGAGAGCACAACGGGAGAGUUGACGAGGAUGAUGCAGCUGCUACAAGAUCGAGACGCGGAAAUGGAGAAUUUAAGAAAAGAGCGAGACGAAGCUUUGACAAACAUGACCGCGGAGAUGGAAAUGUGCUUCCAGGAACUGCUGACACUGGGACAGAAGCUGCAGGAGAAGAACGCACAGGUCGAGAAGCUUCAAGAACUGGCCAACAGCGAUGACCUGCUGUGCAAAAUGUCCCAAAACCCGAAGGAGCAGCUGGAAGAGCUCGAGAGCUGGAUUUACAAAAAGAGAGAGGAGAGAAGACUGCGAGAAGAGGAAGAGACGACACACGCUCUUGAAAACGAGUUUCUUGAUUACGUCUCGGCGGUGAAAGAACUGAUCGGGAAAAAACACGAGACGAUCGUGGCUUGGGCCACGAUGAUGGCCGUGCUUCAGAACAAGCUCGAGGUUGUAGAGACAGACGAGGAAAGGGAGGCGCUAGAGAUCCAGUUGAAGGAAGCUUUAGAAAUGCAGAGGCAAGGUGAGGAACAGAUAGAAAGUCUGAGCGAAGACAUCGAGGAAAAGAGGAGCGGAAUCGAGGAGAGGCACAAGCAAGAGAUCGAGGAGAUCAGGGAGAAGUACAGCACCGUGUCCAGGAUUGAAGCAGAAACAAACAUCCUGAAAAUCAUCCUCCCCGAUGUCCAGGCGUACUUUCAGAAUCUAGCCGCCAACGCAACGGACGCACGAAGGCGGAUCGUAAGUAAAAAGAUCGCUGCGGAAAGACGAUCCCCGGCCAGAAUGGAAAUGAUUGUUGAGGAGGAGAUCCUGGAAAAUCAAACUCUCGAGCCUGAAGUGGAAGUGAUGACGUCGAUGACGAGUAGCCUAGAAAUAAACAACAACUGCGCAGAGUUGCUCGUACACGAAGCUAACGGUUUUAUGAGUGAGGAGACGCGUGCAGAAGAAGAAAGCAACAAAACCGUGAACGACAUGAACGGAGAGCAAGAACAGGAGGUGGAUGUGAAGGACGUGAACGAGCAUGCUGAAACAGAUGAAGAGGAUGUCGUUUCCACCCAGUAGACUCUUAGGCGCUAAUCCUCGUCCUGCCGCUAAUAACUUUUCCCAAAGCAUGUCAAGGUUCCGUUUUCUUACGAAGACUUCCUAAAGAGCUCACGUAAUAUUUUCUCCCAGUUUUAUAUUUUGCUAGCGCUGCCUCCCUGAUCGCACAACAGCUAGCAAAACUGGUGGGUGUGGUCAACGGAAAACCAGCUUUUCAAACAGCUGCCGGUACAGGACCAUGACCCAGCUAACGUCACAGGGUGUGAGCAAGCAGAGGAGUCUUUAUGACGAGGGAACGUACAAAUCUACAGUCUGUAUUUUGGGGUAAGGGGUUCUGUGCGUUUUAUUUGAAACAGUUUCGUACAAACAAUUGAUUGUACAUCGGUUUAAAAACCAGCAUUGUCCUUUGAUUAAAACGACAUCACAAGUCAUUCAAUUAAAAUACUGCAAUCUGUAGGGACUAAAGAUUAGCCAGGAUCCCUGUAUCACCCCUGAGGUGCUGGUUUUGCACAGCGGUCAGUGGGAUAGUCGGUCUUCCUGAAAAACAGAGAGGAAAGUGGGUGUGGCUUUGACUUAUGAUUUCGUCCUAAAUCAUGCUAUUGAUAUAAAUAAUGAUCUUAUUGAAGCAAGCAUGUUAUUUCUACAUGACUUAAAAGGGUAAAGGUUAACAAUUCUAGCGUUGUUCACUCUGCAAAUGAUCUCAGAUUGUGUUUUAUUUCUUUUACACCACAGGAAUUCUCCAAAGGUUAGCUUAUAUUUGGGUCCGUCUCAGAAACUGGUCUCUCAUUUGGGACGUUAUGGUCAAAAAAUAAAUUUUCCUUUUUUUUUUUUUCCAUUUACCCAACACUCGAUGUUUCUUUUGUCAUGUUUAAUAAGAAUAAAGAGAGCAUCUUGGUUUAUCUGGCCUCCAGUGUGGAAAUCUUUGAUUACAAUUUAAAUGCUUUUGUAAAAUUGAUUUCCAUAUAAAAUAACUACAUCAUGAAGAAUUAAAGCCGCUCCUUCACAGACGAGUGAAAAUAUUGAAUAAAUUUCCUCUUUUUGAUUGCUUGGGUUAAAAACGCCAAGUUAUGAUGACUGGAUUGAUUAUUCACUUAAAUAUGAAUAAUAUGAUACAGUUUGGGGAUUUGAUAUGGCGAAAUAGGACACAAUGGAAAAAUCAAGAACGCACCGGAAAGAUGAGAAUAACGGCGGCGGUAAAAGAACAGCGACUGUACCGGCUGAAGGUCGCGCGGGUCUCUGCUGUGGCGCGCGAGCAACGGGACAUCACUACCACACCGGACGGCACGCGAGGUGGGGGCGGGGCAAAAUGACUGGCCGUAGAUUCUAUCAAAAGUUCGAUCUAAAUUGACCAUGGUCGCAAAAUAUUGGCCAAAAAUACGUAAAACACUACGAAAUAUGAAAGUAAGAUGCAAAAGAAACAUUCUAUUGCCUUAUACUGCAAGACUAAAACAAAAUAAAACUCACCUUUUCAGCGAUAACGUCCGAACAGAUCACCCGCGUAACAGAAAGACUGCAAAUGGAAGCACGAUCAACUUCUAACUGCUGGAGUGGAAAAUUCCAUUCUACACAUGCAAAUUGUUAAUGUGUGUCCUUCCCCGCACACAAAUAACACGCUACGGUAAAAAAUAGACCACGACUCAUUUUAUAGCUCAGAAAUUCAUACCAUCGUAACAUAUUCUGUAAGAAACGUAUUCUAUAUCUAACUUUCAGCUUUCGUUUUAAAAAACAAAAUCGCAGAUUUAUAACAAUUUUUAUAUGGCGUAGUGAUUUUAAGUUCCUACUUUUGGUGAGGUCGUGACCUUGACCCUGAGGCUUUCCGUUUAGAUCAAAACACACGAUCGUAUUGGUUUUGGGUUUGCAGAAAACGGAGUUACGACGGUGAUCAAAUAUUUUGCAUGAUGUUUUAUUCCGGUUAUGAUUAUUCUGUGAGCGCACCAAUCCUUAGGUGGAUAAAGUUACAAUUUAAAAUACAAUUAGUGAUAACUGUAGACUUUUCAGUGGACUACAACCUUUUUAAGGGAAUGCGAUGUAGUCGACCGUUUAUCAUGUCCCGGAUCAAGCCGCCAUUUUUCCACAAAUUUGCAGAAUUUUUGCCAAAUUCUGAAUAUUCACAUCAAAGAUUUAGUUUUGUCUGUAUUAUUUCUUUCAUGAUUUUAUUUCAAAUUAAAACCAUCAUUCAGAACCGUUUAGUUUAUUGACUGAGUAUAUUUAGUGGGGGACCCCCACAGUACCCAGUUUCUGAGACAGACCCAGAUAUAUUACAUUACAGUUAUAAGAGUGUAUUAUCCUAGGGUAAAAAUAUCUCUCCAAGCCAACUGUGUUGGAAGCAGGAAAAAUGCGUAGCUCUUCGAUGGGAUUGGUCCAUAUGGAUUUGCCUUCGUGCCCCAUGCGAAUCAAUGAACCUUCAACACCGAUGAUCCUGUUGCCGGUUCACCGGUUGUCCUUCCUUGGACCACUUUUGGAAGGUACUAACCACUACGUACCAGGAACACCCUACAAGAUGUGCCAUUUUGGAGAUGCUCAGUCAGACCCAAUCAUCUAGCCAUCACAUUAGGACCCAGGUAUUUAAAAAAAAAGUCGCUCAGAUCCUUACAUUUUGCCUAUUUUUCCUGCUUCCAACACGUCAAAUUCAAGAACUGACUGUUCUCUUGCUCCCGAAUAUAUCCUCCUGAGAUAAUUACAAGUUAUUCCACGAAAUCGAGCCGUACAUGAGCCGAGAGCCGACGAGGCGCGUAGCACCGAGUCGACUAUAAGCCGUGUACGACGAGAUUGAACAGAAUAACUGUUUUAUUCGAUCCACAUUCACUGGAUUUUGAGAAAGGGAGCAUUCGAUAAAUGAAAACUUUACACAAAACGUCCGACAAAAUCAUUUCCGCUUGGAACGAAAACAAACCGGUGAAAUGACAGGAGCAAUUUGUGAGAAAUGCUAUAAUAGUUCUUGAAAAAAAAAAAAAAUACGUUCUUACCAUCAAAUAUUUUCAUUCUGUAUUUUGUUGCUUUGUAUUUUCUGGGGUUUUAUUUUCGAGACUUUAUUUCGUCCUCGGCUGGUUCGGCAAAACGCGCGCUCUGCUGUUUUGUUUUUCUCUACUCGUAGUAUAUGAGCUGAUAUCCUAGUAGUAGAGUAGCCAAUCAGAGCGCGCGAUUGCUCAUAUCCAGUGAAUGUGGAUGGAAUAAUCGGUGUUAUUCACUUCACCUGUCAGUGGUCAUAAUGUUAUGGUUGAAUGGCAGGUGUGUAUGUAUGUAUUACACACUCCUCUGUCCUGAAAGCGCGGACACUCGUGACUCCUCCGAUGAGCGUACGUUAGGGUGCAUCAGUUGCCCUCACUUUCAUAAAAUCUGAUGCGUUUUUGUUCGGGUGUUCCUUUUCACCAAUAAAGACAUCCUGUAAAAUUUUUUGACCAUAUUCAAAAGUCUAACAGUGGCACUGUGAGGUUCAUUUUUUUGCCAAAAAAGCUUAUUUUACAGUAUGUUUUCGCGUAAGGUUUGAAUCACAAUGUUGGACUCCAUUUAUUGAUUUCUUGUGACCCAGAGAUCAUGUUAAGAACCUUUGCGAGGGAUUGAGAAGCAUUAAUGUGAUUCAUAAUACAUUUGUAUUGUUUAAAAGUAGUUGAACAAUGAUUCAAUGAACAGCUAAAACUCAAACUGUGCUUGAUGAUAUAUUUAGAAUAUGUACUAAAAAUGUGUAUCUGAGAUAUUUGGUAUACUCUAUAAGGUGCCAUAAUGUUUCAUGAAAAGUGAUUGAAAUUGUCAUAAAAUAGCAGCUUUUUCCAUAACUUUGAGCUCCUGGUGCCACCAUUGAACUUUGUCAAAAUAUUUCACCCAGUGUGUUUUCUUACCAAAAGGAACAUAAAAACAAAAAUGCAUCAUGAUCGGAGGAACUUUUCAUUUUUAGGGGGCAACUGAUGCACCCUAGCGUACGUGAUCAGAUAAAUAAAUUGUUCUGGGCGUCCCAUGACGCGAAAUGUCACCAUAAAUGGAUAAAAAGCACGCUGUGAAAAAUAUUCAUUUAAUAAUUUGAAAAUUGCAUUCACUGACCAUUCCUGUUGUAUAAUACGAAUAAAACGUGCUUUUGCUGGAAAACGUCAA